ACUUCCAACGCAUACGUUAGACACACGCAACCGCGCGCGCGCGCGCGCUGCCCGCCGUCACGCGACGACUCACACCUUGAAGCCCUUCGAGGCGCGGCGGCCGCGCGCCUUCUCGAAUUUGCGGCCCUUGGCCCGGACGUAGGGCUUGGCGCCGCAGUGCGUGUGGACGGACGUCGCCGUCGACUGGUGGCCGAAGUGCUUGUAGACCUCGCGCGCCUUCUUGGGCCCGCGCAGGAGGACCGUGUUCGAGCCCUUGGGCGCGCGCAGCGCGAGCUGGUCGAACGUGAGGCACUCGCCGCCGGCCUUGACGAUCCGCGCGCGCGCCGUCUCGGUGAAGCGCAGCGCGCAGACGGUGAGCUUGGGCAUCUCGAGCAGGCGCGGGUCGUCCGUGACGGUGCCCACCAGCACGGCGACCUUGUCCUCCUUGCCCUUCAUGAACUUUGCCAGGUUGUUCAGCGCGAGCGGCGGCCGGUUCGUCCGCGACAUGAACAGCCGCUUCAGGACCACCUUGACGAACUUGGAGUCCGUCCGGCGGCUCAGGAACCGGUAGAGCUUCACGAGGAGCUUGAGGUACACGUUCUCCGACCGCGUGUCGGUCCGCGCCUUGUGGCCCACGCGCCGUCCGCCAGCCACAAUGUCUAUGCCCAUGGUUGAUCGCGGUCCUUCCUGCGGUUGACGUUCGACGGUCGGCGGCGGGCGCGGACGCGGCGCGGCGCGGGGGUGUGUGUGGGUGUCUGGCGCGGCGUCGACGCGCAGCGUGGCGUACAGACCAAGCGGGCGUGGCAGGCCCGCGGCCUCGCACUCUGCUGCCUCUCGCUGUCGAGCUGCGGUCGUUUGGGUAGCCCGGCGUAAAUAAGCAGGCCUUCGCUACGCCGCGUAAGCACAGUGCUAGCGCUUUAUUCUGCUCCUGCGGCGUGUCCCGGUUAGCCCGCGGCGCCCAGGUCGCCAAGGCGAUGAUAGCUCGCUUCGCCUUUUUUAUUUAUUAUU